CAAAUCUUUUUAAAGAUCAUCAACUUUUUCUUUUCUAUAUUUCAAAGAAUAUGAAUAGGAUAAGUGCUACGAAACUCGUCAAGAUGGCAAGACAAUGGCAGAAGUUUGCAGCUAAGCAGAGGCAGAGAAUUUCUUUUCCAAGGUCUAAUUACAAUGAUGCAGAGAGUUGUAGCACAUCAUCUUCUAUAGUUUCUAAAGGGAAUUUUGUGGUAUAUACAACUGAUCAAAAGCGAUUUGUUGUUCCGUUAGCUUAUCUUCAACAUGAGGUAAUCAGACAACUAUUGCACAUGUCUGAAGAAGAGUUUGGACUUCCAUGUGAUGGCCCUAUUACAUUACCGUGUGAUGCCUUAUUCAUGAACUACAUCGUAUCACUCAUUGAAAGAGGUGUAGGUGCUGAUCUUCAGAAUGCUUUGCUUGUAUCUGUCUCUUCCAGCCAAUGCUCAUCAGCUUUAUACCUUCAAGAACAAAGAAACCUGCAAUUGCUAGUUUGUUAAGCUAACUGUGAAGUUUUGUAGUGGAUACAUGAUACUCAACAAGUGUACAGAAUGUUAGAAACAAAAGUAUUAAUCAAAAACUUCAUAUA